AGGCAACGGUCCCGGAUAGCGCCACCAGGGCCGCCGCCGCCGCGGACGCGCCCCGGCGAGGGGGACCUCGAGGCGGUGCGCGACCCUGGCGGCUCUGCCGCGAUGGCCGCCACGGAGAAGCUGUUCGGCUACAACAAGGUCUACUGUCAGGGGCGCUUCAUCUCGGGGCCAGACGGCAAGUCCUGCGUGGUCUCGCUGCUGAUGAUCCUGGUGCCGUCCAUCCUCUGGCAGAUCCAGCCGGGCGUCUUCUACGCACGCCGCUACACCGUGGUCAUCUCCCUUCUCGCCGGCUGCCUGGGGAUCGCCUGCCUCGCCCUGCUGGUGGCCACGGCGUUCUCGGACCCCGGCAUCAUGCCCCGGCAGCAGGACUGGCAGGAGCAGUUCGACGAGCGGACGCAGACCAAGAGGUCCAAGCAGCCGCAGCGGUACUACGAGAUCGUCCUGCGCGGCCAUCCCUUCAAGGUAAAGUGGUGCAGCACCUGCAACAUCUACCGCCCCCCUCGCUGCACGCACUGUUCCGUGUGCGAGAAUUGCAUCGAGCGGUUCGACCACCACUGCCCCUGGAUCGGGAACUGCAUCGGCAGGCGAAACUACUGGCUCUUCUACUCCUUUGUCAUGUGCACAGGUGCCAUCAACACCUUCGUGCUGAUUACUUCGGCGGUGCACCUCGGCGUCCUGACCACCGAGCACGGGGACC